CGGAUCGGCAGCGGGAUGGGACCCGAACCAGCCCCGGGGAGCGGGAUGGGACCCGAACCAGCCCCGGGGAGCGGGGAACAGAGAGCCGGGCCCUCAUCCCGGGCCGUGUGCCCCGGGCCCGGCCGCGCUCGCUGAGGGGGCCCGGCCCGGCCGCCCUCACGGGCCGCGCCUCACGGCGCUCCGGGCGGGCUCUGAGGGGCGCUGGGGACAGGCAGGCCGGGACCGCACACAGGGAAUAAUGCUGGGAAUUCCCUGGGAAUUGGGAUGGCUGGGUGUGAGCCUGGGCAGGCCCUGGCACGGGGAAAGUCAGGGAGGUGGGAUUGCGGGGGUUUUCCAGGUAACGGGGGGUUGGAUUGCGGGGGUUUUCCAGGUAACGGGAGGUCGGAUUGCGGCGGUUUUCCAGGUGCCACCGCCGGGAUGUCGCUGGAGCUCACCUUCCUGGGCACGGGCUCUGCCUUCCCGUGCCCGGCCCGCGGCGCCUCGGCGCUGCUGCUGCGCCGGGACGGGCACUGCUGGCUCUUCGACUGCGGCGAGGGGACGCAGACGCAGCUGAUGAGGAGCCACCUCCGAGCAGCCAGAAUUACCAAGAUUUUCAUCACUCACCUUCACGGCGACCACAUUUUCGGACUUCCUGGACUGCUGUGCACGCUCAGCCUCCAGAGCAGCCCCGACGCCAGCAAAGCGCCCGUGGAUAUUUACGGGCCCCUGGGACUGCGGAGCUUCCUCUGGAGGAGCCUGGAGCUGUCCCACUCCCAGCUCCUCUUCCCCUACACCGUCCACGAGCUGGUCCCCACGCGGGACCAGUGUCCCCCGGAAGAAUUCAGGGACUUUUCGGGCUUGGACCGAGGCGAGACGCCUGCCCAGGCGCCUCCAGGGAGAGUCCUGCACCUGGAGCCAGGAGAAGACUCCUACCUGCUGCUGGAGGAUGAGCAGCUGGUGGUGAGAGCGUUCCGCCUCUUCCACCGCGUGCCCUCCUUCGGCUUCGUGCUGGAAGAGAAGCCCCGGCCUGGGAAGCUCAACGUGCAGAAACUGAAAGACCUCGGAGUCCCGCCAGGCCCUUUGUACGGGCAGCUGAAGCGCGGCGCCGCCGUCGUCCUGGAGAGCGGCGCGACGGUGCGUCCCGGCGACGUGCUGGGCGCGCCCGUGCCCGGCAGGAAGGUCUGCGUGCUGGGCGACUGCUCGGGGCCCGUGGGGCCGGCGGCCGAGCGGCUGUGCCGCGGGGCGGACGUGCUGGUGCACGAGGCCACGCUGGAGGACGGAAUGCAGGAGCUGGCGCGGGAGCGCGGGCACAGCACGCCCGGCGCGGCCGCGCGGUUCGCCCGGUGCUGCCGCGCCCGCAGGCUGGUGCUGACCCACUUCAGCCAGCGGUACGGGCCCGACGACCUCGGCCGGCUCAAGAAACAGGCAGAGGCUCUGCUGGAUGGACAGGAGGUGACGCUGGCCGAGGACUUCAUGACCAUCGAGAUACCGCUGAAACGGUGAAAAACGAGGAUUCAGAAGGAGAUCCCAGUGAAACAGUGAAAAACAAGGAUUCAGAAGGAGAUCCCAGUGAAACAGUGGAAAACAAGGAUUCAUAAGGAGAUCCCAGUGAAACAGUGAAAAACAAGGACUUCAUAAGGUGAUCCCAAUGAAACAGUGAAAAACAAGGAUUCAUAAGGAGAUCCCAGUGAAAAACAAGGAUUCAUAAGGUGAUCCCAAUGAAACAUCAAAAAACAAGGAUUCAUAAGGUGAUCCCAGUGAAAUGGUGAAAAACAAGGACUUCAUAAGGAGAUCCCAGUGAAACAGUGAAAAACAAGGACUUCAUAAGGAGAUCCCAGUGAAACAGUGAAAAACAAGGACUUU